AUGGGGACAGGUCAAGGGCUCAAAGGGACAGUCGUGAUAUUGGAGGUGGGCGAGGAUGAGGAGGUUGGUGGGAAGGAGUCUGGUAGUGAGCGGGAUCGGGAGGAGGAGAGAGAGGAGGAGGAAAGGGAGGAGGAGAGGGGAGCAGAGGCAGUUGGUGGUGGUUCUAUGAUGGGGGAAAGCGAGGGAGAGGAGAGCAAUAGGGAAGCCAGUGAGGGUGAGAGGGAAAAGAGAGAGGAGGAAGCGGACAAGAAAGAGGGUAUUGAGAGGGAGGGGAGUGAGCGGGAGGAGUGUGAGGGGGAUAGUGACGGGGAGAUGAGGAAGGAGAGGCGACACCGAUACCAUCAGAACACGAUGGCGGAAGAUGAGGAGGAGGAGGGGGAGGAGGCGGAUGAGGGUUACAGAGAAAGGAAUUACAAGGAGGAGCGUUAUACGGAGCAUGGGGAGGAUAGAGAUGAGUACGAGAAUAAUGGAGAGGAAGAAGAGGGCACGUUUGCGGAGGCAGGCUGGAGGAAGGCAAGUUGGAGGAGGAUAACAAGCGGAGUGGAGAAGGGCUGUUUGAGAAUGGGGCGAGGGGUGAAGAGGAGAGUGAGGGGGAGAGUGAGGGGGAGGGCGAGGAGGAGGAGGAUAGGAGGAGAGUGA